CUUCCAUCCUUGCCUCAGCAGGACAGCCAAGUUUCCACAUUCUGCAAACGUUUUAUGGAAACCGAAUCUGGCGAGACUGUGGUCAUGCUACCUCCGAAAACGUGCAUUCCGAGAAAUUACAGCUGCAUCGCGGGCUUGUUCGGGAGCCUGGCUGCGAACCAGAAGCUAGACGAUGAAGCAGAUGAAGAGAAGGAAGAAGAUGAGGAAGAGGAGGCGAUCAACGGAGAAUGCGAUCCGUGUCAGAUGCGCGUAGUGGAUGAGAGACCGAGGGGACGGGAAUCUCUCCCCAAACCUCCUCUCAGUCCGGGUGCGCGCCGGAGAUGCAAAUCCUUACCCAGUUCUGCAGAAAGAGCGAAAUUAGAAGUUGCGCGCAUAUGCAGUCCGUCCAGCCAGAAGAAAGUGCGUUUUGCGGAUUCUCUCGGUUUGGACCUGAUCUCCGUGCGCCACUUUGAUGACUCCGACGUGCCUGAAAUCCCCGAACGCGUCAUGGACAAGUUUAAAAAAGCCCGGGCUCUUCAUCUCAACAACUUCGAAACUUCUGGUACCCAGACCACCUUCGUGGAGACGUUGUUCACCAGUCCAGGAUCGCUCCCCGAUUACCACGAGCGUCUCCAAAGCGCAAAAGUGCUGCUUGAAUCGAUCCAGACUGAUGAGUUCAGCAUCUCGGGAACCGUGCGCGUCCUGAACCUGGCUUUUGAGAAGUGCGUCUCUAUAAGGUACACGCUGAAUAACUGGCUGACAUUAGUAGAUCUACCGGCUUCAUACGUUCUCAACUCGAGCGAUGGAUUAAGCGAUAAAUUUUCCUUCAAGAUCGUCACCCCGGCGUUUUUUGACAGUGGAGGAAGCCUUCAGUUCGCCAUCCGUUACUGCGUCGACGGAACUGAGUAUUGGGACAAUAAUGAAGGCAAGAAUUACAAAGUGAGACGCCAUCGAUUCAAAAUCUCACCCCCUCGAGAAUGGGAUAACGGAUGGAUCCACUUUAUUUAGUGCGUAAU